CCUACUACGAUUAUUACGAUUAAUCGGAUAAAUUAUCGACUGCGAUUUUAUCGAUUAUUACCUUUAAGCACUAUUGUUUACAAACUAACAACAUUAAAAGGCAUUAGCUUUUAAACUUUUUGAGCGACAUACUUUUUUACAUUUCUUCUCACGCAACAUCAUAAUAAAAGCAAAAUGAAAGGAAGAAGGGAAGUUCAUUCAAGUUUUUAUCGCUCGUUAAGAAAAAAAGUAAAGUCAUCUGUUAUGAUUGUGAUUGAUGACAGUUCUAAUGUUAAUAAGCUUAAGUUUAUGAAUACACCUGUUAUUUUACUUCCUGACGAGACAAGAUUCUUUAUAAGUAGGUGUGUUUGUUAUGUUUGAAGACAUGACAUUGAUAGAUGAAUUAAAAUUAAAUAGUAUGACAAGCUUCUUUUAUUAACUACAAAGAUAAAACGGGAUUACAUUGUUGCGAUUCUAAAUCGCCGACGAUACAAUCGCUUUAUCUUGCAAAAUAGCCCUCCAAAGCAAGGCGGUGACACAAGCCCAUUCAGCCAGCUAGCCGGCCACCACGCAGAGUGGUUGACAUCUAAAAUUUAUUAAUACUAAGCAACCGGGAUACACACCAGCUGCAUACUUGCAUAGUGCAAGGGAGCUCGCGACCGCGAGUUCAGUCUCCGUGCAACGUCCGCGGCGUUUCCACGUGUCGCUCGUAUGACGUUCCAUGUUUGACGAUUACAAAAAACAAAUGACAAUCGAUUCGAUUACGAUUGCGCAAACGACGUUCUAUUUUUAAAUAGUGUUUGUAAACAGUUGCAAUUCGGUGAUCGUUUUGCGCUCGGAAAUAUUUUCGCCCCUCAGUGUAAACUUAAAAAUAGUGUUGUGCAGUGCUUGUGGUGUGUGGUAGUGAUGUGAAUUGUAUUUGACAACAUGUUCGGAGUUUUCAUAAGACGUUGGAAGCCUAAAAGAACAUCAAACGCCGACAGAAAUGAAAGUCCUGAAGCAGAAGGCAACAUAUCCCCCGAACCCCCCGACCGCCCCCCCGGAAAGGCUCGCCAAGUCCACCCAGAAGAAAAAACCCAAGUCCUCGCCUACGAUUCCACUUACAAGAGGAAACCUAAAGCGCUCCCUCUAGAGGAUUACAGUUACAACCAUUUAGCGAAUACGAACGUAGCCAUGUCGCCUAUGUAUCCGCUCACACCGAACAUUUGUGUCGAAGGAGGGAAGAUUGAGUUCAUAAAGUCCCCGUCAGGGAGCGCUAGGAAUAGUGUGGCGUUAGUGUCGCCACCGCAGACGCCGGUGGCGCGGCGCGGGUCGCGAGAGAAACGCGAGCGGGUUUAUGAUGAGCCGACUGAGAAGUUCGAUGGGGAUAAGGAACUGCUGGAAAGGCGGAUCAAACAGCUGGAGGGCCAGCUGGAAGAGGAGAAAUCGCGCACGCAGCGCGAACGAAUGACCGUCACCAAGCUCCAGAACAAGCUGAUUAAGCGCGAGGGAGCGGCGCGCAGCGAUGCGGAGCGCGAGCGGCGCGCGCGCAGCGACUGGGAGGCGCGGGCGCGCGCCGCCGAGGCCGACGCGGCGCGGCUCGCCGGCAAGCUGCACGCUGCCCAGCGCGAGAUAUCCAGGAUGGAGGAGACAGUGCGAUCGCUGCUGCAAUACAAGGGCCGCGUGGAAACUCUGAAGCAAGAGAAAGCUUCGCUAUCUUCCGCCCUGGAGGCUUCAGCGGCGCAUUACCAGAGCCAGCUGUCUGCGCUGACGGCGGAGAACGAGCGCCUGCGCACGCAGCUGGCGGCGGGCGGUGGGGAGCAUGAGCGACGGCUCGACGAUGUCGCGCAGCAGGUGGUCCGAGCAUUACUGUCACAAAAGAGCGUGCGCGAAGAGCUGGGAUGCGCACGAGCACGCGUCCGAGAGCUGGAAGCUCAGAACCGAGCGCUUAGCGCGCUUCUAGUCCGCCAGCUACGCCCUGUCCCGCGGCCCUCGCCGGCCACUCCGCACACACCGCUCACGCCCGCCAGAGACCUGCAAGUGCAUCUCGUAGACGUAGGCUCCUGUGGCUCCCUGAUCUCGUUCCGCGACUCCCCGCCUCCUCCACCGCCCGGUCCUGCGCCCGCGCUCUGCCACGACGACAAGCGACGGCACCAGAUACUUGCGGACAUUUGGACUGAACUUAAGGGCUUGGAGGUGACCCCUGCUAACCUGGCCCGAGCAUUGUCUGCAGUAGACCCGACCCUUUGGGCAGCGCCACCCCGACCAGCCACGUUAAGCCUCAACAUGCCACAAGCCUGUUCAGAUCCUGUUAGAGAUGGAGCAGGGGAUAAGGUGACAGAAGAAGAAAAUUGCGAGACUGGAGAAGCAGGCGCAGAGUCUCCUGAAAGCGGCGCCAAAGAUGAGGGCUACUCCACAAUGUCCAGCGAUGUUCAAGCCGACGCGUCAAGGCAGAGUGACCAUGCGGCGGACAGAGCCCUACCUGACCUUAACGAAGCGUCUGAUGAAACAGAUAAUCAAACAAUAGUAUCCAUAAACCCCAGAGAAUCUCGCCGGCACGCAAGGCUACUAGGAACCGAUGCGGAUUAUAUAUAUUUUCCAAUCGGUGUAGCGUUCGCUGGAGUGCGAGGUAGCUACCCUCCCUCACGACCAGUUUUGCCCUUUCAACACGUUGUGAGAAGCUUCUCCGAUUCUCAUCUUUGUCUGAAACUACUCGCUGGAACAACAUGCCCAACGAGUUGUCUAGACAGCCCAACCCCUAGUUCAGGCAUGUUAGUUUUAGAUCUAAACCCAGGCCCAGAGAGACCACUGAGGCGAACAGCAAUUGUAUCAACAACGAGUUCUGAACGAGUCUCAUGGGGGAGUACGGCAGACGAGCGCGCAGAUGGUUCGCAGUACGAUGCUGACUAUGUUCAACAUUGGCUCGAGCUAGAUGAUGCCAGGUCAGCCUUACAACAGCGACAUCGAGAUAUAGCCGAGCUGGAGUACGACAGAGCGGAAUUAGAAGAUUGGAGCUUAUCACUAUCAUGUGAGGAUCUCAGAGACAGACAAUCUCCAUUCGCUGAAAUAACAACACCUGGACAAAUUUCGUUAUCGACACUACCGAGUAUAAGAGAAGAUGAUGCUUUAGAACUUGAGGAAGACGUAGGUGAUUGUUUAUGGAACGACUGUGGUUUCGCGACAAUCGAAAUUGACGAGUGUAGAAUAGGAGAAGACUUAGAGACAUCAGAAAAGCGGUGGGAAUGUUCCAGAACUCAUUCUCCUGGUGGCUCGUGGUCUAGUGCAUCGGACGCUCCAGACAAACGAUCAAGCACAGCGCUGAGUGAAGAUGGCGAUUGCGCAAACGUAGGGCUUGAUUUCACCCGGGACUUUUAUAGGCUAGUUAAAUAUGAGAGCACAAAAAGCUUAGCAUCAAAUUCCUCAAGAGGUUUACCGACAGCUGACGGCAAUAACCAUUUACGGUUUCACGAUGUUCAAGCUAUGGCAUUGCAAGAUCGUGAGCAAGCGCUUCAAAAUGUACUUAAUUUCAUCGCAGAACAGCAAAAAUAUUGUCGUGAUAGAGAGGAAUCUGAUUCCAUGUCUUCAAGACCCGUAUCUGAAAUAAGAGAACUACCACCUCCAUACGCGGCUGCCGAUUUCGAUGAUGAUUCAAUAGGACCGCGAAGCGAAGUUUCAGAAGACCGGCCACGACCAGACUCUUUUAGUAGCUUCUCAGAAAACGACUCCUGUGACGUCCUUCCUGAGAGGCCGAGAAUCCAAUUUUGUGAUACCGUAUCCGAGCCAAGGUCUACUCCACGUUUCAUCGAACGUGAAGGUCCUUACGUAGAGUCAGAGGACUACUACGACGAAUUUACACGAACCGACAACGAUGAAAAUGAAUUAGAGGAGCAUCACCUUUUAAAAGUACAACGGAAGAAUGAAAUCAAUAGAACGAAUGACCUAAGUAAAAUUACUGAUUUAGACAUGUCUGAAAAGUUCGAGGAGAGGUCAUGUGAUAUUGAUUCUAGUCAACCAGAGGAUUUUAAAGAGACUGCUGUAAAAAUAUUGUUGAAGCAAGGCUUAAGCGAGAGGCCAGAACUAGAUACGUGUCUUAUAAAAUCAUCGAGCUUCCCCUUCGCCGGCGGCGAGACUGAAGUGUCUUUAGUCGAGGAAGUGCUGAGCGCUUGUAGGCGGAGCACGGGAGCUUUAGUUACCGUUCCCGAAGAAGAGGAGAAUUCAUCUCCUGAAACGAGCUCGCCUCAAAUGACGGAAUCGAAUACGACCAGCACUUCCACUGCUGAAACUGUGAUAGUAAGUAAUAAGGAGAGGGAGAGGCCAAAAGAGAAGAGUCGUAUACCGAUGUUGCUGGGCGGGAAAAGGCCGCCGUCGUCGCCGCGAAGGUCGAAGAUCCCCGUGGUGGAGAAGAAAUGUGUGGCAGCGGCGCCGGAGCCGAUCAUCGUCAAACAGGAGCACACGCUCAGUUUCCAUGAAGCUGCUACUUCUAAGGACGUCAUUGAAGAACUGAACAGAAUGAUCCGUCAGAAUGAGGGCGCCUCAGAAGUGAAGAGUGAAGAACGAGGGCCGGCGCAGAAAGAUGGCGCACUCUGGGCACCGACCGGCUGGGUCCAUGUUGAAAAGGACAUCGACUUCAGCGACCCUAAGGCGCGCGCCAACCUGCUGGACGUGAUGCUGGCGUCCAGCGACUCGUCGCCGUCGUCGUGCGGCUCGUCGCCCGCCGAGCCGCCGCCGCCCGUCUACUCGCGCCUGCACCGCCUGCACCGCUCCCGGAGGCAGAAGACCGCGGCCGCGCUGCGCAGCCGCGGGCUGGGCGUGCUGCGCUGGCCGCGCGCGCGACGCCCGUCCAUCCUGGGCCGCGACGGCUUCUUCGUGCGCUACGGCGAGCCCGAGCGCGCCGCCGUCGCCACCUUCGACUUCCUCGAUGACGAGGAGACCAAAGACUGUACCUAUUAGCAAUAACGACUCCUAAAAACUAUAUUUUUCUAUGUGAUACGGUGACUGAAGUGUACGAGUAUGUCCGCUUCCGCGUUUGUGCGAGCCAAAUUGUUUUUCUAGUGUAGCGUUGUUGAUUGCUGCACGCAGGUGUGGCUGCGGCUUCUUAGACGUUUUACGUAUUUGUAAAUCCAUCUUGAUUUUGCCCCGUGGAUACUGUCUCUGUAUCUUGAAAAUACUUAAUUAAUUCUUGCUCUGGCAAAAUCAGGAUGGAUGAAAAACACUUACGAGUACCUACUUUUAGGUGUAGUAUUUCACUCUUGUAACGUUAACUCGAAACUACGACGAAGCACCUAGUCUUUAAAAUCUUCCUCGUUUUUACUAAGUAGGGUAGAAAAUGGGCCGAGUUGUAUGAAGAUGUGUUUGAUGUACAAAUUGGUAAAACUUUUUUGUUUGUUUAUUCGUGUAACAAAAUCGUACCGCAUUGAAUGAAAUUCACAAUCCUGUUUUGCAUAAUUAUUGUGUUUGAUUGUUUUAUCUGCGUGUAAACGCUUGCAACACAGCUUUUAAGAGCGAUAAUAGCUUUUAUUACAAUAGCAAUACGAACGGUUGAAUACUCCCAGCGAUGUCUUGCUUACGCUUCGAACGACUUAGGUAAGAAGACGAACUAAUGACUAAGAAAAUGGAAAGCUGCGGCCUCGAAGUAAUGUGAUAUUUUUGUAUAUACUGUAAGUCCCACUUAUUUUCGUAUACAUUUAAAUGGAUUCAUUUGUAACCGAACGAAGCGUUUUCAGCUGUUGGUUCUAGGGUGAAAAGAAAAUGUGUUUUCGUGUAGUGUCGUGCGUUGGCGGUAGUUGCACGAUAUAUGCUUGAAGUUGUACUAAUCCGGUAAGAGAUGGCGCUAUUGUCAAUUACAACUUUUUUGAAACCAAUUAUUCGUUGUAACGUCCAACUGUCGCCACGUAUUUUAACUAUUAGGUACUUAUGUAAAUACUGACGAUGAUUAAUUCGCGUAACGAGCUAUAGUAACUACACCUAUUAAUUAUAAAGAAUAGUCAUCUAUAUUAUAGUGUAACGGUUAACCUUAAUACAGAAUCCAUUAAAAUCGAAGGGUACUAAAGUAUGUUAAGUGUACAUAAUAUUACUUGUCAUUGAUGCUAUUUAUUGAUUUGUAUCAUUUGCGGGUCUUCGAUCGUUUGUGGUAUACUUAGGUACAUAUCAUGAAUUUCUCGUUUAUUAUAUAUUUAUAUUGGCGUGAUUAUGGCGAUUCUUGACUUGAGAACGGUCACAAUUUGGUUUGAUAUAGCAAACGACUACCUCUGUAACAUGAAUCUCAAAGGGUUUAUAAAAAUGUUAAGCAAAUAUAGCUCCACCUGUCGGACAGUAUGUCGGACACCUGUUCGAUAGCGGCGAUGGAAAAUAACUGCUGAUACUGAACUGCUGCUGAGUGAUAGGUAAAUUAUAUUAACAAUUUAUAUAACUUGAUGCUUCCAACUUUGUAAUGUGCACACUCAACCUGGAAACGAUACCGUAGUAAUACUUAACUACUUUAUGCAACCAAAUUGUUUGGACGUAGAUAAAAGGUUCCAUCCUCUAAAAUUUGUCAUUUAAAUUAAUGACAUUUCCUUUUGACGGAAAGUUCAAUUUUUAGUGACAGAUUUUUAUGGAUCCUUUUCCCCAAGUUACGCCCAAUUACGCAAGCAAAUUUCUUAAUUGCCUCUUAAACGUCUUUUCUACCCGUAUGGCGCAUGUCUAAGAAAAUGUUAUCUUUUCAUCAGUUAAUUGACAACCAUUUUACUCGUUUCCGGUUGAUUUGCACACCAUCGGAUCAAGUCAAGGUACGUCUGUUAUGUAUACUUGCUCGUAAUUGUUUAUAUCUAUAUAUUUUGAUUGCUUAUGGUUGUAAACCUUUGCCUAUUAUAUGGUUAUUAAAUUGCGUAUGUCCAAAAACGCGUCUAAAUUAUAAUGACAUCAUCCUGCCGCUUAUUUUCAUAGUUUUGCAAUAUGGAUCCAAAUCAAACAAGCAUUUUUAAAUGCAUGCUUAGGACGUAUGUCGUGAUUUGUGUCAUUUGGAUCCUUUUAUAAACUAUCCGUUUAUAAUAAAUCCCACCAUAUCUUACGUGCGAAGAAGCAAAAACGUGGAAAGAAAUGAAGAAGUUAUUUUUUGUUAGAACUCACAGAAAUGGCAUAAAAACAGCGUAGCAAUAUUUAGGUUGCUAUAAUCAGUAUUGUUCGAACGUUAAUUAGAAUUGAAAAUAAACCAUUACAAAUUGAACUGUAAACCGUAACGGACGAUUACAGGUUACGUUUCAAUUUGUAAUGGUUAAUUUUCAAUUCUAAUUAACAUUCGGCCAACACUGGCUUUAAUAAUAGCAAUCUAAUUUCUACAAAAGAAAUGAUAAGGCGCGUGUGAUCGCCAUUGAAGCUUGUAAAAAAACGGGUCAUUUUAGACUUAUUCUAAAUUUAGAUGUCCUAUGAAAUGGAGUCUUGCCUACUUGAAUAUCCAGGACCUUUACACUUUGCUUUGAUCUCAUUGGUUACAAUAUUAUAUUUCAUUUGAACGCACCAAACCCGCGUCCCUACUGGUUUAUUGAUGCAUCUAAAGUUCACUUUGACAAAGUGAAAUAGAUGCUCAAUAGGAAUUUUUCCGUAUUUUCUGCAAGUUUCGGUCAAUUAGGUACCUACUAGUUUCUUAGCGUUAACAUUUUCACGAAAGCCACUCGUUAAGCACACACAGUUUCAGUUUAGGGGCUUUGGUUUAAAGUUUCCAGACGAAUUUACGAAUGUCAUACUCAUAUAUCUACAUAUGUACACUUCCCAAUUUGACAUUUUCACUUACCUCUUACCUAAGUGAAUAUUUUUAGUAACUUCGUUUGUAAACUUUUGUCCCAGAUCCCCGGUAAAAUUACCCCAGCCUUGUUUAAUGGUUAAUAUUGAAGACAAUAAAGGAAGAUUUAUACCUAUUAUUAAUUAUUGAUAAAUAUAAACGAAGCGAAACGAUCGAUAUCUAAAAUAUUAACUUAUUAGUAUAGGUUACCUACAUUAUUGAUACGAUGUAUUUGGUAUUCUGUAAAUGCGAAUUGGACAGGAAACGUCUGUACAUUUUGGGUAUUUACUAAUUGAUAGUUAUUACGAUUAUACAAUCGAGAAGUUAUUGUAGAGAAUCCUAUUAUUUAAAAAUAUCAGUUUAAUUUCAUAUUAUUGUCCAUGUUGGGUAACCCUAUGUUUGAUGUAUCAAAACAUACCUAAAAAUAGUAAUGUUAGUAAAACAAGUUUGAUAACAUCAGUGAAAUUUACCUCCGGAAAAUUACCCAAAAUAAUGUAAAUUCGUGGUUGUUUUUUGUCGCGACUGAAAAGAAUGUUGAAAUAAAACAAUGUCACCACCAUUGUCGAUGGUAUUGAAAUGGAUCCAACCUACAAAAUGAUGAUACUUAAUCUAAGUAAAAUUAUCUAAAAAUUUUGAAAUUAAAUUAUUUGUGAAUUGGAUCCUUUUCGCUAAAUCAUUUAUAUUCCGAAUAUUCAGAUGUACCUAUUUUCCUAUUUUCAUUCCUAUCCAUAGUUGUUAAUUGUCAUGUAAAAUACAUAGUUAAAACGAAUUGGCAUAUUUAUUUCAUAAUAAAACAUAUUAUAAUCAUUAUAUUCAUUAUAAAUAAUCGUAGGAUCCAAGAGGUACUGUGAUUGGUAACUACCACUUAAUUUUGGAGCACAAUUCGACAUAAAUGAAAAUUAAAUUAUUCCUCGGUUAUCGGUGCAUUUGUUCGUACAUUCUAACCUAAGAAAUAGCAUACUUGAGAUAGGUAGGUACUUUGAACAGUACAAAAAGUGUAGAAUAACUGUAUAAUUUAACUAUAACAGAUGGGUUCAAUAAACGAUUCCGUUCCCAAUUGA